CCAAACCGGACCGAAACCGAACUCUGAACUCUGGCACACUCUCCUUCAGUGGUAGGCUGGUAGCCCAUCGCCUCUCUCAGAACAAAACGAGCACGAGGAUCGCCCUUAGGAGCAGAGACCAUGGCAGGGUAAUUGCUUGUGAAUUUUUCAGUCCAAGAUCUAGGAGUUGCUAACACCAGCCGAGCUAGAGGAUGACAAGAACUCUGUUGAAUUUCUUCAAUCCUUUUCAAGAUCAAUCUGAUAUGUGAAGGCCAAUAGGAAAUUUGGUUGAUCCUGUAACAUCAAUUUUUGGCCAGCUUGAAGACGAAGUUUGGAAAAGGGAGGGAAGCUUGAUUCUGCAGUGCAGGAUGAUGAAAACAAAAGCAGAUUCUUAAAAAUUCAAGAAUGUAGCUGGUCAAUCGACAUUGGUACAAAUCUUCCAGGGGUUAAAAUAAAGAAGGCCCCAUGUAGGAUUUUUCUGUAAUGCACCACAAAUGCACAUCAUCAAGCCUUUUCUCUGGCCGAAACAUCUUAAAGCAAAUCAUCAUGGGCCUUGGAAUUUGAGAGUGCUGUUUUACCACAGCUCUGAAGAACCUAAUGAAGAGUUCUCUUCAGAAUGGUAUCGGAGGGCAUUUCCGAAGCUGUGGAAAUUGAGUCAUGCCUUGAGAAAUGUAGCUGAAGUAGAUGGAAGGCUAGUUCAUAUUGAUGAUGACUCAACCAUCAGGGAUGAAAAUGUCAUACACAAAAUGUAUGCUUUCAAGUCACUUGCUAGGGCCUUCCUAGGGUCUCCUGCCAUGCAGCGUGCAUCAAAUAAUGAGGUAGUUGCCACAUCAUCAGCCAUGGUAUUACCCAAAACUUGUUUCAGUAAGGCCGAUGAAAGAGAACGCUUGAUACUGAACUCUCUAACUAAGGUGUGCAACUAUCUCAAUAUAUCUGCGCAACAAAGAAAGUCAGUGCGACUCACAAUAUGCCCUCAGGUCACUCACCAGCGUAUAUGGAUAGGAGCACUAGAAGAGAUAUUGAGGGGUUUGAAGUCGGAGAUGGAGUCAUUGAAUAAUAGAAUCCCACCAAAAGCUGCCCACAUGGCUGAGCAGAUAGUCACUAGCUGUUUAUGCUUCUUGGCUGACACAGCCGUAUCUUCCGAUCCUGACUCUGUUUCCUGGAUUCGGCUCCACCCCACAGAGAAGGCCAACUCUGUACCUUCCCACCAAUGGGGAGAUAUCCUCGAGAUGUUCAACGACCUCACGAAGUGCUUGAGAGGUGAGAUGAAAAUACUAUACCAUAUGUCAAAGGUUGAGGUGAUGAAAGAAGGUUUGUUUCAGAUCAAGGAUGUGUUGUUAGAUAGAGAUCUCGGAUACAAGGAAGCUCGUCAUCAGGAAAGCCUCGUGCAAAAGAAACUUUCAAAAUCUUUGGGUCAUUCUUCCCAAUGUCUUUUCACUCUGUUGCAGUAUUAUCUCUAUGGCCAUGUUCAAGAUUCUGAAGUAGAUUUUUGUGGAGGUGUCUACAAGGGAGUUGUUAAAGGUAGCUCUUGCUUGUGCAUUGGUAAGAUUUUGACAUCAAAUGAGGAGAAAGUGGUGUGGAGUGCUGUCAAGCAGUUGGAUAGGGCUCUUGGGCUCUUUAGGUUUGUUUGGGAAACAGCUGGAAUGAAAGAGGUUUUAGAGUUACAAGGCCAUCUCUGGUAUGUUGGGACUGAGAAACGCACACUUACAUACAGAGGAAACGUCUUCUUCCUACAUACAAUUAGAAUCUGAUGGAAUCUUUUUUAGAAAAAUUUGAAGUGAGCUCCAUGCCCUAAUACCGUCACUUCGUUAUGAACAAAAAUCAAAUGUACAACUGUACAACAUAGUGGCUCGUUACCAGUCUGACAGAUUUCUUAUUCGUUCGUAUAAAUGUCAAAAUGUACUCGGGUGCAUCAUUUUAAUUUUGGUCUUUGUAACAGACUAUGAGAAUCAAGGAUCACUCACUUUGUUGUUUUUCUUUCCCUGGCUUCACAAAACUGUAGAUUUAUUGAUACAAGUGAAAGGAGAAAUAGAGCAUGUAACUAUUACUUGGCUACCUUGAAGCAAGGAAAACCACAUUCAGUCCACACCAGAGGAACCUGAAGCGUAGCUCUCAAGAGAUUUCUUGCUCCUUCCAAGUCCUUCCUAAUCCAAGCUUCAAUGGCAGAAGUUAACAGUGUGCUCCAUGGUGUCUUUGUCAGGUAGAACAACCUCAAAUCCCUACAUAGUGCAGGAAGAGAAUUGGAAUGAUGAAUAUGGAUCUCAAUAUAUUUACAUUUGUUUCUUGUAUCGUCUGAAUACACAUCUGUUGGAAUUUACAAGAAAAAAAAACUACACAUGAUUGAGCUACAUUACAUUUUGGCA